CGAACGGGUAAACUCGCCGCGCCGGCACCGGCAAAAUUACAGUGUUCAGUCGCGAGCGAGAACACGGGCCACCACUUGCCGCUUCUGUACGCCAUAAAUCGUUAUCCGUUGUGUUAUUUUUUUUCGAAUUCUCGUCGCCUUGCUCGUUUUAGUUUUUUUUCAAUUCGUACUCAUUAUUUUUCUUUUUUUUUUAAUACCGAUAUAUGUAUAGUGCUUUCCGUCGUGACGUGUUUUAACUGUGGAAAUAUUAUCAAUACUAUUAUAUUAUUAUUACUAUUAUUAGGUAUUUUCAUCGUUUUUAUUAUUAUUGUUAAUACCGCGCUAAUAUAUUAUUGUAGCCUACAUUAAUUUUUGCCGAGUGUCCGACACGUUCGCGUAUAUCUACGGUUUUUACGCCAUAAUUAUUACUACCGUCACUGUAUCUAAUAUUAUUAGAUAAAUUCGGUCGUGCAUUCGUUUAUUACAAUAUUUUAAUAAUAACAGUCGAUCGACGACGAUGACCGUUUUCCCGGUGAUCUAAUAUUGUUGUGCAUAAUACGUCCACACAAAAUAUUAUCAUUACACGUAUAUACUGUGAAUAUAUUGUUAUACAUAACGUAUAUUUUGACCGUAUAGACUAAGCUGAUCAGCUGCCGUUAUCGACGCCGCUGCCGAUAAGGAAUCUCGCAAGUUCGGACGUGCUUUUGACAACGCAUCCACGAUGGACGUGCUACCGAGUGGUAACAUAUUCCGAGAACUUCAAGACAUACACGAUACCGGUUAUUUCUCUGCACACGUAUCACUCGAGGAUCACUGGCAACAGACUUGUUACGAGAUGGAACGGUACCUAAAGGAAGAACCGAUGGUUUCGUCGUCACCCACGCGGUCCGAGUCACCGUGGCUGACGACGUGGUCAACGCGCGUGGAGGUAGAGGUGGGUCUGGACUGUGCGAGUAGCGUGACGUCCAACAGCAGCUCGCCAUCGACGUGUUGGUCCGGAUUCGCGACGCCGCCACCCAGCCCACCGGACGAAACAGACGUGUCGCCGACAGUGGUGGCGUCGCUGCUAUCGUCGGCCGCGGCCGCUGCUGCGGCAGCGAAAGCCGCGGCUACCGCCGUGACCGUCAGUACUUCCGGUCGGGUCACUUCCACCGCGGCCGCGUCCACCCACGCCACACCAGUGGCCACCACCACCGCCGGUCUGUUGAAGGUGACCGUCGCCCCGACUGCGUCUGGAGCGGCCGUCAGCCCGGCCAGCACCGUCAGUACCACGGGCACCAACAACGCCAGCACCAACACCACCGUCACGGUCAGCGGCCGGACGGCGGUCGGAACCGUGGCCGCGGUGUCGACGGCGAUCGCCGCCGCCGCGUCACCAGCGCACCGCGAAACCGGCACCGCCUCGGCCGCGGUUGUCCACGCUCCGGUGUUGUCCAUCACCACGGCUGCAUCGGUCGCGUACCACCCGAGACUACACCUAUCACCGGAUGCCGCCAAGAAGAUACACAAGUGCAAGUAUCCCGGCUGCGAGAAGGUAUACACGAAAAGCUCGCACUUAAAAGCUCACCUCAGGACGCAUACCGGCGAAAAACCGUACAAAUGCGAAUGGAUCGGUUGUGGCUGGAGCUUUGCCCGGUCGGAUGAGCUGACCCGCCAUUACCGCAAGCACACUGGCGCCAAACCAUUCAAGUGUCGCCACUGCGAGAGAUGUUUCUCUAGGUCCGACCAUUUGGCGCUGCACAAGAAACGGCACUUCACUUAAACGCAAGCAUACGCACACACACAAACAGAAUCGCGCAAAAAAUACACACACACUACCGUUUUACCACCCUAACCGCUACCUCGGUUACAUUAACCCUCUGACAAUAUUAUGUUAGAAUUCGUUAAAAUUAAAUACCCCUCAAACUCACUUUAACAUAGUCACGUUCAUACACAAGUAAAGAUAGACGGACGCUCGUAGAUAAUGUUUCCGAAAAACGGUGGUAUUUAUUUAAUUAUUAUUGUAAUUUAUUAUAAUUAAUAUAAUUAUUAUUAUUAUUAUUAUUAUUAUUAAAGAUUUAUAUAUUUUACGUUUAUACAUAAUAUUUUGUUACCAGUAAUACUCGUAUAUUUGUACGUAUAUAUAUAUAUAUAUAUAUAUGUAUACUAUAUACGUACAAUACGCGUGUGUAUAUAUAAUAAUAUAAUAUAUAAAAUAAUUAUUUCAAUACCAAAAGUAUAAUUAAUGCAUUAAAAUAAUUUUUAAAUAAAUAAUUAUAAAAAUUAAUAAAAAUAAAAAAAAAUUAAUAAUAAUUAAGACAUGAAUUUUUUCAAUUUAAAAUAUUUAAAUGGCAUAAAUACAUAAUAAUAUUUUUAUCGUCACGGGCGAUCAUAAUAAUUGGAUUAUAAUACCAUUAUAAUAAUAAUUAUCAACGUGUUUUCAAUUUUUUUAUCAAUAUCGUCAUCAUCAUCAUAUUAUUAUUAUCAUUAUUAAAUUAACUGUUACAAUAAUAUACAAUAUUUAAGCCCAUUAUCGCGUAUGAUAAAUGUGUAAAAUCAUUGUGUAAAUAUAAUAAUAUGUAUAAUGACUCUGGAGCCUAAUGAUCAAAAUCGUUAAAAAUCCCAGGCGUUUGUAUUCACUGGUCGCGCCCGCCACAUACAUUAUUAGGGAAAAACUAUAUAAAUUACGUCUAUCGUCAUGAUAUUUUUAAAAUGUCAUGCUAAUAUUAAAUAUAACUGACCGCUCGUUGACGCGCACAUUUAUUAUAUGUUGCAUACUAGGCCAUGUAGGCCUCUAUUGAAGAGGGACGAUAUGGAUAAUAAUCGACGAUCGGAAUAUGAAGGAUACAACAUAUAAAGUUAAUACAACUUUUUUUUUUAUCACGGGAAAGCUUUUUAGAACAGUUUAUAAUUGUACAGAAACGAGAAAAACUAUUAUUACUUUUUUUUUUUCUGUAAAUAGCAUAAUAUAUUAUUGCCUAAAUGAUAAUUAUUAAAAUAAUUAUAGUAGUCUUUGUAAAUAAAAUUAAACAAAUAUAAAUAAUUAGCAUGAAAAAAUUAUUAUUCGUAAGUUUAUUACUAUCGUUUUUAAUAUUAUAAUAAUAUUAUAUAUUAUUAUAUUGUAUAUUAGAUGAAUGUGUUUUAUUCCAAUGAGACAUUUAUAGAACUGAUUUACUAGAUCCAAUAGUCAAUUUUUUUCCUUGUAUAGGUGUUAUAGUUAUAGUGCUAUUAAUAAUAAUAAUAUUUAUAUCGUUUAUUUAUCAUAAUGGUUGUGCUCUUGCCACCUUGUGCGACAUUUCUUAGGUUUUUAGUCACUCCAAACCACACAUAAUAAAUAUUAUAUACUAUUACAUAAUAAUAUAUCAUUAUUAUAUUAUAAUUACGAAUCGUUUAUAACAUCAUUGCAUUUCCAUAAUUUUGUGAUUAUCGUGUUUCAUCAACUAAUAAUAAAUCAUAUAUAUAUAAUAUUAUAUAUUUAUAUGGUGUUAUUGUUAUAUUAUUUCAUUAAAUUAUUGUAUAUUCUAUUAUUCUAUUACUAUUGAAAUUCGUUCGUUUUAAUAUUUAAUUUAAUAAUCGAUCAUAGGUAAUAUAUUAUUAUUAUUAUUAUUCUAUAUACAAGUAUAUAAAAAAAAUAUACGAUUUAAUAUUAUAACGUAAAAGAAACAAUGUCCUUGCUUACCUUUACCAUCUUCUUCUUACUAAAAAAGAAAACCAAAAUCAAAAAUCUCCACGCGGCUCCAAUUUACUGCCUCUAUAAGCGCGUGGGCGAGUCACUGCCAGGCAAAAUAGUAAAAUACUAUAAAUAAGGAUAGUAUGAAUAAAAUUACCAUCAUAAUAAAUUUGUUUUCAAUUAAAUUAUAAAAUUUUUCGAUUUUCGCAUAAUAAUACUUAAAGAUUUAAAUUUAAAAUAUUUAUAUGCGAUAUGUGAAUCACGUUCUAUUAAAACAGAAAUAACAACUACAACCAUAGUAAAAAUAAUAUAUUGUUUUAGAUGAUAAUAUAAUAUAAUAAACUGUAUACAUGUUUCGUAGCGCAAAAUGAAAGAAAUGGGGCCAGUAAAAUUUAAAAUAAAAAAAUGUGGCGUUAUUGUUUUCGUUUUUAUUAUUGGUUUGAUUAUUAUUAUUUUUUACUCGAUAUUAUAUUUUAUAAUUAAAACCUGUUUAUUUAUUUGAUAGUUUGAAAAUAUUCUAUUAUAAUAAUUUAUUGUUCCGUUUUUUUUUUUAAAAAAAACAAACCUUUUGUUUAUUUAUUUAUUUAUUUAUUGUAUUUUGUUUUUGUUCGUACCACAUACGUUUAAUAUAAUAAAUAUCGUAAAAUAUAAUAUAAUAUUAUUAUUAUUAUAAUAAUGCAUCAUGUGUUGGUAUAUGCAUAAUAUAAUUCUUGAAAAUUAUUAUCAUUAUUAUUGUUAUAUUUAUAAAUGAAAAAACAAUUAUUAUUUUUAUCAUUAUUUUAGUAUUGUUUAUUGCCUGUAGACAGACCGCACCUUGACCUUAGGGCCAAAUAUUUGUUGCGUAUAUUUAAAAGUAUGGAACCAUUGUGUUUUUAUUUUUUGUUUAAUAUUUUUUUUUCGUUAUGAUUGUUGUUAGACUAUUGUGUGUUUUAUUGCUAUAUAUUAUUAUUAUUAUUAUUAUUAUCAUCAUCAUCAUUUUUAUUAUUAGGCUAAUGCUUAGAAAUAUAAAUACCAUUUAGUUAAUUAUUGCAAUUGUUUUGUUUUAUUUUAUUUAAAAAAAAAAAAAUAAAAAAAAAAUUAUAUAAGUCUUUCUUAAUAUUAAUAAUCGUCAUUGAUAUUAUCAUAAUAUUAUUGUAUUUUGUAGUGGUAUAACAUAAAUACUUAAAGUACUGUCACCGAACCAAAUUCGAUCUGUUAUAUUUCGCCCUGAAUUCUUUUUUCGAAAAACACGUUGUUAAUCGUGAAUUCCAACGCCAGCGAUCUAUGGUGUAAUAUUAUUGUUAAAAAUUCGCGUUUAAAAUAAAAUAAUGCCAAAUAAUCAUCGUCGCGCCACUUUUUUUAAUACAAAUAUUUCUAUCAAAUUUUCCUAGAAAAAUUUCCAUUGCAUUUUUAUAGCGUGAUAUCAUAACAUAAAAUAAUAAUAUUAUAUUUUAAAAUCGUUCUCUACGUUCUCUAGUCGACGGAAUGACUCACAUUUUACAUUUUAUUAUGUAUAAUAUACGUUGUCUAGAAGACGGUAUUUUUCAGGCACGCAAUCAUCGGAAUACGAUUCAAUGAUUCGAAGGAUAAUUAUAAUAACUAAUAACGUUGCGAAGAAGAAAAAUAAGAAAGUGUUAUUUAAUUGACAGACAAUAGAAUUCGAACGGAUUUUCUUGCGGUAUGCAGUUUUUUAAUUUGUUACGUUAAUUUUUUUCUUCCUCCAUUUUAAACCCUAUAAUUCGUACAAAAUAUAAGAGUAUUAUUAGUAUUUUAAGGGAAAAAAUGUUUUAACAUACCUAUAUCGCAUAUAUUUAUAUAAUUUAUGUACGUUAUAUUAUAUUCUGUAUAACGUAUAUAUAUAUCCACAUUAUUAUAAUAACAAUUAUGAUUAUAAUUAUUAUUAUUAUUAUUAUAAUGUGACGCAUACGAUUUUUGGCAUGCGUCGUACUAUACAUAAUAUAACGCCUAUUUGUUAUUCGUUCCGAAAUAAUAUAUAACGUCUGUCAUGUUAUUAUAUUACAAUGACGAUGUGUAUAUUAUUAUUAUUAUAAUUAUUAUUGUUUUACAUUUAAAAUAUUACAAUAUAUAUUAUUAUAUCUGUAUACAUAUGUGUAUUAUAAAUAUUUAUAAAUACAUAGCAUAAUAUUAUUAUUAUUAUUAUUAUUAUAAUUAUUAUCAUUAUACUCGUUUAAUUUUUUUUCCUGGCUUAAACUUUGUACAUUUUAAGAUUUUAUUAAUUUUAUUAUGACGAUAAAACCAUGUUGGAUUCGAUCGUUGUCAAACUAUACAUAUAUAUACAAUAAAAACGAAAAAAAAAAAAUAUUGAACUUUAAAAAGUAA